GAGGUGAGCCCGGAUUGUGAUGGUUACAGUGCAGCAGUGAGCUGUUGCAGAGCGGGGCAGCUCCCAUGUGUUCGUUCAGCCAUGCUUCCUGGGUAUGGAUUCUCACCUUUUCCUGACUUCCAACCUCACCUUCACGCUUUUCGCUGCAGAGGAGAGAGUCCCAGCAUGUGGAUCCCUGGCUCGGGGGAGUCCCAGGCUCUGAGCGAGGCCCAGGAGGACAGGACUUUGCUCCACCCGUGCCGCCACAAGCAUGUAGCAGUGUGCCAGCAGGAGACAUUGGCCUUUAUUGAGCUAGAACCACCAGUGACUCCUAAACUAAACUGUCUUGGCUCUCCGAGGCCCCCUGCUAUUCCAGAAGCACAAUGCACUACACAUGCCCGGCCCCUGAAUUGUUUCAGACACACACUGAAUGAACUGAAUGACAUGCAGAACCGCUGCCACAGGACAGACAAUGAGCAGGAAACAAUGCUGAAUUUGAACUGUCACACAUCUGCAGGUGACUGUGAGUUUGAAUGUCUAAAUGGCAUCAGGACUUCUUUGCAGGAUCAGACAGAAAAGCCUAAUUCUGUCACAACAGUAUGUCGUCCUCUCCACGCAGCUCUUAGCCUCGAUCUGCCUUUCCCUUUGUCCUCUCUUUACACAAACACAGACCCCUGGGAAUCUCAGUUACCUUGCUCUUCAUCCUUACCUGAGGGUCCGGAGUGUCGAAGCCCAGGCUCCUGCCAGCCUCAGAGGAGGACGUCCCAGGGUUCACUGAAGGAGAAGUCUAUGC